AUGGACCCUUUGUACAAGCGCGACAGCGCCAUCGACGUCAAUGGACACAUUGUCAAUGGCCAGACUGUCGACAUCGCCAUCACACCACAAGGCUCCGACUUGUAUUUCGGUAUCUGCGGUGUCAUGGCCGUGGUAGGACUGGGUGUUUGCGGAGCAGCAAUGUUGAAGCCACGAACCGAUCGAGUAUUCUUCUACAUCACCGCAGCGAUCAACAUCACAGCUGCCAUUGCAUACUUUUCAAUGGGCUCCGACUUGGGCUGGACACCGAUCGAUGUGGAGUUUGUGCGUGAAGGAAAUGGCGUUGGCGGCACCAACCGUGAGAUCUUCUAUGUUCGGUAUAUUGACUGGUUCAUCACGACCCCAUUGCUCCUUAUGGACUUGCUCCUCACCUCUGGUCUGCCUUGGCCUACGAUCCUGUGGACCGUCUUCCUCGAUGAAGUGAUGAUCGUGACUGGUCUGGUUGGAGCCCUUGUGAGCACACGCUACAAGUGGGGCUUCUACGUCUUUGGCUGCGCAGCCAUGUUCGGUGUCUUUUGGAACCUUGCAUUCGAAGGUCGCAAACGCGCCAACCUCCUUGGCAGAGACAUAGGCCGUACCUACCUCCUCUGUGGUGUCUGGACGCUCUUCAUCUGGCUCCUCUACCCCAUCGCAUGGGGCAUUUCUGAAGGUGGCAAUGUCAUCCCACCGGACUCGGAAGCUGUCUUCUACGGCAUACUCGACCUCUGCGCGAAGCCUUUCUUCUCCAUCAUGCUUAUCGUCGGACACUGGAACAUCGAUCCAGCUCGCAUGGGACUGCGACUGAGGGACUAUGACCAAGAGCCAAACUUCGCGCACAGUGUAGCUCACGAGAAGAACGUCGGUGCCACCGGCGUGCACAAUGAUGUUGGGCCGAAUGUCCACAGCAAUGCGAACACUGGCGGUGUAGCGCACAAUGCUACUGAGCCCGUUUCUGAGGCGACUGCUGGGACUUCAGCAGUGUAG